GUCACAUUUAAGCAGUAAAGUUAAACGGAAGGUGAAAUGAAUAUCAGUAUUUUUGUUAUAUUAGCUGUGAUUAUAGCAGUCAAAGCAUGGCCAUGUGUAUCACCAAUCAGAAAAGUAUUCAGUCGUGUCAACACCGAUGCUGUUCUUCAAUUCACUGCUGACCUUACAAAUCUGAAAUCACCAAGAAUGUUUGAGGUUAGCUUUUUUGACGGUAGGGCUAAGGCUAGAAUAACAUACAUUUCAGACAGAAGUUUCAUAACUGAUGUAUUACCAGGUCUUAACAUAACUGGUGAUACAGAUGGUAAUGUAGUUGUUACACUACCUUAUAUCCAACAAAAUGAUACAGGCGUUUAUAUAUUGACAACUGCAGGAAUUCCUUCAAAAUGCAACUGUUUAUACAUGUUAGGUAUCCCCAGGAAGCCAACAGUGACAGUGAAUAAAACGCCAUCUGUAGGAGAAAGUGCAAUAUUAACAUGUAGUAGCACAUCAACUACCACACCCAGCAACCACAGCCUCAGUCUGAAAUACUCAUGGAGAGUAAACAACAUAGAUAACCCGACUGGUACGAAAUACUCAUAUACGACUAGUAAGGAUAAACUAACUGUAUCAAACAUUUUGAAGGAGGAUGCAAAUAAACAGUUAACAUGUUCAGCUACAGAAGAUGUCACUGAUGGAUACACAUCAAGCAGCAGUGAAAUAUUCUCAUUUGACGUGAAGUAUGGUCCAGAUUUGGUCAGUGUCAACGUAACAUCACCAUAUGUUUUAACUGAAGGAGAGAUAAUGUCAAUAGAAUGUACAGCGGACUGUUAUCCUGGGUGUACCUAUACAUGGAUUAAUGUUACAAGUGGUAAAGUAAUCAAUUCUAACGAUGAUACAUUAUAUAUCGAAUCAGUCGACAAGUAUAUGAUAGGAGAUUACCAAUGCAAAGCUAAAAACACCGACUCCUCGUAUUCCAAAUCUGCUGAUGUUAUUGUCAGUGUCAAUAUAAAAGAACGAACACUGGUGAAGUUGUUUUAUGUUGGCAACAACGUUAGUCAGUCAAUGAUGAUCGUCAAGGAGCAUACUGUUGAUAUCAGAUUAACAUGUGAAGUCAGUGGGGACCCUGCUUUGAAUGUUACAAUUAUGUUUAAUGACAAAAUUUUAAAAGAACAAGACAAUACAAAUUCUUUGACAUAUAUCAUCAAGACAGCGUCUUGCUUUGAUAGCGGCGAAUAUAAAUGUGAAGCAAGAAAUCAGAAACAAGAAAUCUCACACAGAUACGUAUCACUGUUUGUCAGAUGUUCACCACGCUCACUUCGGAAAACCCAAGAGAAUAUCACAAGUUUACUAGGUACACCUGUUACAUUGACAUUCGUAGCGCUAGCAUAUCCUGAGCCAGGUCCGAAUGGAUUUACUUGGUUCAAAGAGAUAGGAUCAAGGUGGACUCAAGUUUUAAGCAAUGAAGACUAUAAAAUUUCUUCGUCCGGUUUAGAAAGCAAUCUUACAAUUUUAAGCGUUUCCAAAGCUGAUUUUGGGCAAUACCGUGUGUCUGUUGAGAACAGCAUUGGUUCUUAUAACCAAUAUAUUUUCCUUGUAAGACAAGAUUUACAUAAUAUUAGUUCGGGAGUCAGCCAAGAAGAAUGUGAUUGUGGUAGUAUAGUGGCGAUUGCUAUAGUCUGUGGAGUCCUCACUGUUAUUGUAACAACUUAUGCUGUAUCAAUUACAAUUUUAUGGAAACGAAAUGUCUCAAUCAAUAAGAAAAGAAGAACAACAGUUACUAAGAAAGACAAAGACAGUGUGGUCGGCUCAACUCAACAACAACACUAUGACAGUGUGGCGUAUACAACAAACGACCAGGACAUACAAGGACAUGUUUUGGGUACAGACGACUCAAGCAAGACACAAUAUACAGAUCUGGAUGACUUUUCUCGUGAAAAGAGAGACAAUUUGUAUGACGCAAUUAAAAAAGAUUAAAAUACAAACAAGAUGAAUGUUUCAUUUUCUCAUGCAUAAAUAGAGAUGAUGUUUAAAUGACACUCUGAUUCUUUUGGAAUGAGACAGCUAUUUAUAUUGUUGUUUUAAGAUGUGAACAAACUGGAAAUUAAAUUUGUUUUAGGAAAUCUUAGGGUACAAUUCGAUACCUCAUAUAUGUAAUCAUUUGUAUUUGAUUAUCAUUUGCUAAAACCAUUCACUGGUAAUGACCAUCCUUGACACGUAAUCUUAUAACUAUAGGCUAAAGCGUUUAUUUAUUGUAAUUUGCCGAAAAAUCUUAAAGUGGUAAAGACCAUAUAAUCUUAUGACCAUACCACAAGUAUUAUAAUUUGAAAAUCUGUUUAGAUUAUAUUUUAUAAUUCAAUACUCAGUUUGAUAAAAUUCCUUAAGCAACUGAGAACAUUAUCAAGCAAACGUCUAGCUGACAUUUGUUUAUGUACAAUGUAUACAGAACUAUGAAAUAAGUAAUUAGUAAAGGAUGGAUUGGGGCGUCCGUGGCCGAGUGGUUAAGGUCUUUGACUUAAAACCACUUGCCCCUCUCCGCUGUGGGCUCGAAUCCCGACAGGGAAUUUAGAUUCUUUCAUGUGAGGAAGAUAUCCAGCUAGCUUACGGAACGUCGGUGGUUCUACUCAGGUUCACUAUCAUGCCUGAAAAAACGCAAGGAAGGGAUCCUGAGGUUUUCCUCCACCAGUAAAGCUGGAACGUCGUCAAAUGACCUAGACUGUGUCGGUGUGACGUAAAACGCAAUCAAACAAACAAAAUGUUGGUUUUCCACGACCAAGUAUCUUUCUUAAAGAUGCUUCUUGUUAGCAGUUUAUGGCAACCUUUGUUUGCUUUAAUUUCGAAGGACCACAGGUGUGUUCAUAUUAAUCUUGUAGUAAAACAGUCUUUAUCGCAACAUUACCUUUUUAAUUUCAUUAGCUAUAUAGAUUGAUAUAUAUUACAUGUUGUUGAAUCACUGUGCCCCUGUUAAAGUUACUUUUCUUUCUCAAUUAUGGCACUGGAUUUUGAUGUAUACAUGUAUAUCUCGUUUGAAUGAUCGUUUAUCUUAUUUAGUCCUAGAAUCUCAUUACAAACAUGUAUGCGACACUGUAGGUGAAAUGUAUUAUUCUCAUUUCUUAUACAUCACUUUCAGAUACAGAGUGGUUUAUACUUGAAAUGGCCAUAUUAAACAUAUGAUAAAACAUAUUUUUCAUGUUAUAAUAUAACGAAUUUUUAGAUAUCACUCGAUACUCAAAUAAAUUAAAGAUUUGUUUUCAAAAUAUAUAGGUUUUGAACGCCGCCAUUCCUUGCUGAUCUUGUUUAUCAUAUUACAUCAGUUCAUCAAUGUUUGGGUGAUCAACAAACAUUAUUGAACAUAGCAAUUUUGAAGAGAGUGACAACAUUAUUGGUUUUAGGUCAUUGAGCUUAGCAUAAACUACUCAUCUACAAAUCAUUUUGGUAUGCGUUCAAAUAAGGUUAUCUUACAUGAUAUCUCACUAUGUGUCAGACCUUUAUGUACUUUUGUCAUUAGGAGCUUUUGUACAAAAUUGCAAUCAAAAAUCAAAGUUUG